CAUGACCGAGCCCCGCCGCGGCCGCCGAGGAAUGGGCUCCGGGCUGUGGUAGGAGCGCGGGGAGCGGGCCGCUUCUCGACAGCCAUCGGGGCUUCUGGAGGCCGCCUGUGAGGGAAUCAUGGCAAACUCGACGGGGAAGGCGCCGCCGGACGAGCGGAGAAAGGGGCUGGCUUUCCUGGACGAGCUGCGGCAGUUCCACCACAGCCGAGGGUCGCCGUUUCGGAAGAUCCCUGCGGUGGGCGGCAAGGAGCUGGACCUCCACAGCCUCUACACCAGAGUCACUACUUUGGGCGGCUUCGCGAAGGUUUCUGAGAAGAACCAGUGGGGAGAGAUUGUGGAAGAGUUCAACUUUCCCAGAAGUUGCUCGAAUGCUGCCUUUGCUUUAAAACAGUAUUACUUGCGUUAUCUAGAAAAAUAUGAGAAAGUUCAUCAUUUUGGGGAGGAUGAUGAUGAGGUACCACCAGGCAAUCCAAAGCCACAGCUUCCUAUUGGUGCAAUUCCAUCUUCCUACAAUUACCAGCAACACAGCGUUUCAGAUUAUUUGCGUCAAAGUUAUGGGUUAUCUAUGGACUUUAAUUCGCCAAAGGAUUAUAAUAAAUUGGUGCUCUCACUGCUCUCUGGACUCCCAAAUGAAGUGGAUUUCGCCAUUAAUGUGUGUACUCUCCUGUCAAAUGAAAGCAAGCAUGCCAUGCAACUGGAAAAAGACCCUAAGAUCAUCACUUUAUUACUUGCUAAUGCGGGGGUGUUUGAUGACACUUUAGGAUCCUUUUCUACUGUAUUUGGAGAAGAAUGGAAAGAGAAGACUGAUAGAGAUUUUGUAAAGUUUUGGAAAGACAUUGUUGAUGAUAAUGAAGUGCGUGACCUCAUUUCUGACAGAAACAAGUCUCACGACGGUACAGCAGGAGACUGGAUUUGGGAGUCUUUGUUUCACCCACCUCGGAAGCUGGGCAUUAAUGAUAUCGAAGGGCAGCGGGUUCUCCAGGUGGCAGUGAUUUUGCGGAAUCUUUCCUUUGAGGAGGGCAACGUGAAGCUCCUGGCAGCUAACCGCACCUGUCUCCGCUUCCUGCUACUCUCGGCACACAGUCAUUUCAUUUCUCUACGGCAGUUGGGCCUGGACACUCUAGGAAAUAUUGCAGCUGAGCUUUUAUUGGACCCUGUUGAUUUCAAAACGACUCACCUAAUGUUUCAUACUGUUACAAAAUGCCUCAUGUCAAGGGAUAGGUUUUUAAAGAUGAGGGGCAUGGAAAUUUUGGGAAAUCUUUGCAAAGCAGAAGAUAAUGGUGUUUUAAUCUGUGAAUAUGUCGAUCAAGAUUCAUAUCGAGAGAUCAUUUGUCAUCUCACUCUACCAGAUGUGCUGCUUGUAAUCUCAACACUUGAGGUGCUAUACAUGCUCACCGAAAUGGGAGAUGUUGCUUGCACAAAAAUUGCAAAAGUAGAAAAGAGUAUAGACAUGUUAGUGUGUCUGGUUUCUAUGGAUAUUCAGAUGUUUGGCCCUGAUGCUUUAGCUGCAGUAAAACUCGUGGAACAUCCAAGUUCCAGUCAUCAAGUUUUGUCUGAAAUUAGGCCACAAGCUGUGGAGCACAUCCAAUCCCAGGCGCCUGUAGCAUCUGCCUCAGCUUCCAGAGCAGUUGUAGCACAGCAUGUCGCCCCACCUCCGGGAAUAGUGGAAAUAGACAGUGAGAAGUUUGCGUGUCAGUGGCUAAAUGCUCAUUUUGAAAUAAAUUUAGAUUGUUCUGUUUCUCGGGCAGAAAUGUAUUCUGAAUACCUCUCAACUUGCAGUAAAUUAGCACGUGGUGGAAUCCUAACAUCAACUGGAUUUUAUAAAUGUCUUAGAACGGUCUUCCCGAAUCACACUGUGAGGAGGGUCGAGGAUUCCAGCAGCAGCGGGCAGGCGCACAUCCACGUGGUGGGGGUCCGGCGCAGGGCCCUCCCACUGCCCGUCCAGAUGUACUACCAGCAGCAGCCAGCGGCGACGCCUGUGGUUCGUGUUGAUUCUCUUCCUGACGGGUCUCCAGCUCCUCCACCUGCAGGAAUCCCUCAUGGAUCACAAGCUGUAGGAAACCAUUAUCAGAGGACUCCUGUUACCAACCAGUCUUCAAGCUUGACUGCAACACAAAUGUCUUUUCCAGUACAAGGUGUUCAUACUGUGGCUCAGACUGUUUCAAGAAUUCCACCAAAUCCUUCAGUUCAUACCCACCAGCAGCAGAAUGCUCCAGUGACUGUCAUUCAAAAUAAAGCUCCAGUUUCUUGUGAAGUUGUUAAGGCGACAGUAAUCCAGAACUCUGUGCCCCAGACAGCAGUUCCUGUUAGCCUUGCUGUGGGAGGAGGGCCUGCCCAAACUUCUCUGGUGCAGAAUCCUAGUGCAGGGCCACAACCUGUGACCGUUGUGAACUCCCAGACUUUGCUACACCACCCAUCUGUAAUCCCACAGCCGUCUGCAUUACACACAGUGGUACCAGGACAGAUAGCUUCAGGCACCCCUGUUACGGUAAUUCAGCAAGCGGUCCCACAGAGUCACAUAUUUGGCAGAGUACAGAAUAUACCAGCAUGCACUUCUGCAGUUUCACAGGGUCAGCAGCUAAUCACCACCUCACCCCAGCCUGUGCAGACUUCAUCUCAGCCGACAUCAGCUGGUAGCCAGCCACAAGACACUGUCAUCAUAGCACCCCCACCAUAUGUAACAACCUCUGCAUCCAAUAUUGUCUCAGCAGCUUCAGUGCAGAAUUUUCAGGUAGCUACAGGACAAAUGGUUACUAUUGCUGGUGUCCCAAGUCCGCAGCCCUCCAGGGUAGGGUUUCAGAACAUUGCACCAAAGCCUCUCCCUUCUCAGCAAGUUCCAUCAACAGUGGUCCAGCAGCCUAUUCAACAGCCGCAGCAGCCAGCCCAACAAAGUGUAGUGAUUGUAAGUCAGCCAGCUCAACAAGGUCAAACGUAUGCACCAGCCAUUCACCAGAUUGUUCUUGCGAAUCCAACAGCUCUUCCGGCUGGUCAGGCAGUUCAGCUAACUGGACAACCAAACAUAACUCCAUCUUCUUCACCAUCACCUGUCCCAUCUACUAAUAACCAAGUCCCUACUGCCCUGCCAUCAUCUUCCACCCCUCAGUCACAGGGACCACCCCCUACUGUCAGUCAAAUGCUGUCUGUGAAAAGGCAGCAACAGCAGCAGCAUUCACCAGCACCCCCACCACAGCAGGUACAAGUACAAGUUCAGCAGCCACAACAAGUCCAGAUGCAAGUUCAACCUCAGCAAGCAAAUGCGGGUGUUGGGCAGCCUGCUUCUGGUGAGUCGAGUCUGAUAAAACAGCUGCUGCUCCCAAAGCGUGGUCCUUCAACACCAGGUGGUAAGCUUAUCCUCCCAGCUCCACAGAUUCCUCCCCCUAACAAUGCAAGAGCGCCUAGCCCUCAGGUGGUCUAUCAGGUGGCCAAUAACCAAGCAGCAGGCUUUGGAGUGCAGGGGCAAACUCCAGCUCAGCAGCUGUUGGUUGGGCAGCAAAAUGUUCAGUUGGUCCAAAGUGCAAUGCCACCCACAGGGGGAGUACAAACUGUGCCCAUCUCGAACUUACAAAUAUUACCAGGCCCGCUGAUCUCGAACAGCCCAGCAACCAUUUUUCAAGGGACAUCUGGCAACCAGGUAACCAUAACAGUUGUGCCAAAUACAAGUUUUGCAACUGCAACUGUGAGUCAGGGAAAUGCAACUCAGCUCAUCGCUCCAGCAGGAAUCACCAUGAGUGGCACGCAGGCAGGAGUUGGGCUUCAGGUGCAAACGCUUCCGGCCACGCAGGCAUCUCCAGCUGGACAAUCAUCGUGUACUACUGCUACUCCCCCAUUCAGAGGUGACAAAAUAAUUUGCCAAAAGGAGGAGGAAGCAAAGGAAGCAACAGGUUUACAUGUUCACGAACGUAAAAUUGAAGUCAUGGAGAACCCGUCCUGCCGACGAGGAACUACAAACACCAGCAAUGGGGAUACAAAGGAAAGUGACAUGCAGGUGGGAAGUCUUUUAAAUGGGAGAAAGUACAGUGACUCAAGUCUACCUCCUUCAAACUCAGGGAAAAUUCAGAGUGAGGCCAGUCCGUGCUCACUCUUCAGUAAUGGGCCAUCGACAGAUUUCGGUGAGAAUGGAGCAUCUGGAAAACAGAACUCAGAACAGGUGGACGUGCAGGAUAUAAAAAGUGAUUUGAAGAAACCCCUGGUUAAUGGAAUCUGUGAUUUUGAUAAAGGAGAUGGUUCUCAUUUAAGCAAAAACAUUCCAAAUCACAAAACUUCCAAUCAUGUAGGAAAUGGUGAGAUAUCUCCAAUGGAACCACAAGGGACUUUAGAUGCCACUCAGCAAGAUACUGCCAAAGGUGAUCAAUUGGAAAGGAUUUCUAAUGGACCUGUAUUAACUUUGGGUGGUUCACCAUCUGGAAGCAGUAUACAGGAGGCUUCAGCCAUGGCAGCACAGCAGUCUAGUGGUACUGAUUUGCCCAAUGGACCUCUACCUUCAAGUUUGAAUUCAGAUGUGCCUCAGCAACGCCCAAGUGUAGUUGUCUCGCCACAUUCUACAACCUCUGUUAUACAGGGGCAUCAGAUCCUAACAGUUCCUCACUCAGGACCCCGAGUGUCCCAUUCUGCCCUGUCAUCUGACGUUCGGUCUGCAAAUGGCACAGCAGAGUGCAAAACUGUCAAGCGGCCAGCAGAGGACAGUGACAGGGAGACAGUCCCAGGAAUUCCCAGUAAAGUCGGAGUUCGGAUUGUUACAAUCAGUGACCCCAACAACGCUGGCUGCAGUGCCACAAUGGUUGCUGUGCCAGCAGGAGCAGAUCCAAGCACUGUAGCUAAAGUAGCAAUAGAAAGUGCUGCGCAGCAGAAGCAGCAGCAUCCAGCAACGUAUGCACAGAACGUGGUCCCGCAGAGCACUCCCAUGCCACCUUCACCAGCUGUUCAAGUGCAGGGCCAGCCUAGCAGUUCUCAGCCUCCUCCAUUCAGUGCAUCCGGGCAGCAUGGAGAUGCAGUGAGAAAACCUGGACAGAACUUCAUGUGUCUGUGGCAGUCUUGUAAAAAGUGGUUUCAGACACCCUCCCAGGUUUUCUACCACGCAGCCACUGAACAUGGAGGAAAAGACGUGUAUCCAGGGCAGUGUCUCUGGGAAGGCUGUGAGCCUUUCCAGCGACAGCGGUUUUCUUUUAUUACCCACUUGCAGGAUAAGCACUGUUCAAAGGAUGCCCUGCUUGCAGGAUUAAAACAAGAUGAACCAGGACAAGCGGGAAGUCAAAAAUCUUCUACCAAGCAGCCGGCUGUAGGGGGCACAAGCUCUACCCCUAGAGCUCAGAAGGCCAUUGUGAAUCACCCCAGCGCUGCCCUGAUGGCCCUGAGGAGGGGAUCGAGGAACCUUGUCUUUCGAGACUUUACAGAUGAAAAAGAGGGACCAAUAACUAAACACAUCCGACUAACAGCUGCCUUAAUAUUAAAAAAUAUUGGUAAAUACUCAGAGUGUGGUCGCAGAUUACUAAAGAGACAUGAAAACAACCUGUCAGUGCUUGCUAUAAGUAACAUGGAAGCUUCCUCCACCCUUGCCAAAUGCCUUUAUGAACUGAACUUCACCGUUCAGAGUAAAGAACAAGACUCAGAAAUGCUGCAGUGAAACAGUCCCACGUAGGGAGUGGGGACUCCAAGUCAGACACAUUUCACACACUGUUACUGAAGAAAGCACCAAGUCUUAAUGGAACAGAGACCACGGAAUGAAUUAUUUUAUCUCCUCCCUUGAUGUCAAGAGGAAGUUCGUAUUCUGAUCUCUGAGUGAAUCCCUUUUGUUCUCUGUUUGAAAAAAAAAUCUAAAAAGAAAAAAACUGCUGUGGGAUUGUCAAUCAGCUCAUCUGCAGGAUGCCUCUCCGCCCUGAGUCCUGAUGGGAACCGGUAUGAUCAGAAUUCAGUACCAUCCACAUUGGAAUAUACACGGGAUCUUGUAAAAUCUUCACGAGCAGAUGAAAUAGAAGCAUUAAAUAUUUUUAUCUAUAUCCAAAAAGGAGCACAUUUUUAUAUUUACUAAACAGUUUAAGCUGGUUUGAAUAAUUAAAAAGUUUCAGCACACUUAUACCCCCUGGUCUCAGAGGGGGCCACCAAUAUCUAGCUAUGGAUUGUGUGUUUUGUUUAGAAAUCAGUAGCUUGGUUUUCUUACUUGAGCCAAUAUAUUUUCACUUAUUUAUUAUCAUAAAAAUUUACCAGUCUGAAUAGAUCGUGUAAAUAUUUGUGAAUAGAAGGAACACCUUUCAUGCCGCUGCAGCCACUGGAGAUACAUUCUGUGGUGUCCUAGAAGCAUUACCGAUAGGUUCUCACGUUUUCUAGACUUCUGUCAAUUGUAAGUAAUUGUGAUAUAUUCUGCGCAGUGGACGAAUGUUCUUCAAUCUCUGUAAAUACUUCUGCAAGGUACUGAUGCUGUAAAGUCAGACAGUUUUGUGGGACUGUGAUUUUUUUUUUUUUCUUUUUGUAUUAUACACCUUGUAGAACUCAUUUUGCUGGCUGAAAAGAGUAUGGAGUAAUAUAUCUCAUGUCAUUUUUGUAGAAGAAAAACUCUUUGAAGGUAUUUUUUGGUUUUUCCCUAACAUGUAUCCACUGUAAGCGUUUGUCAUGUUUAAGCUCAGAGCUUGGACAGAAAUUUUUGUAUUUGUAAAUUGGUUUGAAUACACGGGAUUUUAUACAGGCGCUCUCCUGUGCUGUAAUGCAUUCUGUGCAGUAUACUUUCUCCACUCCUUUUCUACCUUCCUAGAGGUGGGGUUUAUUGUCUAAUUCUCCAUUCUUAAUACUGUACCACAUUCCUGCUCAGAUACUGCUCACUUCCCCAAAUUGUCUUUUUCCCUCCCAGCGUGAAAUGUACCCAUUUAUAACUGCCUAUUGCCUGUUCUAUUAGCAUCCAAAAAUGUGGAAGGCCUCCCAACCACAAUUUCUGCUGUGUCCUUAGGAUGUGCAGUAAAAAAAAUUAGACCUAACAGUUUCUGUUAUAGAAUGGCUUUAUUUACUUUGGUGACUGUUUAUAGUUUUUAAAUAAAAGACUGAACAUUU